GGUGGGGGGGUGGAGGGAGGGUGGUGGCAAGCACUCUCGCGAUACUUUGAACGUACCGUGGCGGCCAGACGAAGGAGAGGUUUGUAAACAGGGCAGCUCCAGGAUCUCAGGGACUGAGGGAAAAAAACUAGAUCGUCUCCUGAGCAUCGAAGCUCCCUCCAUCUCCGCAGGCUCCUUCUACAUGUCAAACAUUUCUUUCAACCGGCCUCUCGGGACCGGAAGUCCUCCGUCCUGAGCGUCCAAUACUGGAAUUGGCCUUUCUUACCGGAAACCCUUUUCCAGGGGCAUAGGAAGACAGUCUACCUGGCCGGAAGUCCCACCUCUUUGAGGUUUCUCCUACCCUUCCGGAAGUUUUUUUGUUGUUGUUGUUACCUGUUUGCCUUCGCUCCUAUUCUGUCCUAUUUCUGUACUAGAGAAAGAUACAUUGUCUCCCCUACCAGCUCCGCUAAGCUGGUUUGAUAGCUCACUCCCUGAAUCGGAGUUCCUUCCCCGACGCCCCCAUGUAGCUGAGAAGUGGGACCUAGGGGUGGUUGGACCCCUGGGAUCCUGAAGGAGAGGCAGAGGAGGGCGCAGGACUCGGCUUCUGCUCCUGCGAUCAGAACGCGACCUUCGCAGCUUUACCCCUCCCGCUGCCAUGCACCCUGCGGCCUUCCCGCUUCCUGUUGUCGUGGCUACUGUACUGUGGGGAGCAGCCCCUGUCCGAGGGCUGAUUCGAGCGACUUCGGAGCACAAUGCCAGCAUGGACUUUGCAGACCUUCCAGCUCUGUUUGGGGCCACUCUGAGCGACGAGGGACUGCAGGUGUGAGAGUGUCAGAUCCCCUGGAACUGGAGUUACAGUCAGUUGUGAGCUGCUACAUGGAUGCUAGGAACUGAACUCCGGUUCUCUGGAAGAACAGCCAGUGCGCUUAAGCACUGAACCAUCUACAACCCCUAGAACUCCCAAGUUUAAGAGGGAGUCUGAGAGUGGGCUAAGAUAAAAAGCAGGGGUUCCUUGUGGAGGCCCACCCAGAAAAUGCCUGCGGUCCUAUUGCCCCACCACCCUCAGCCCCGGUCAAUGGGUCCUAAAUGCUCAGAAGGCUGGGUAUGGUGCAGCUGUGGUGCACAAUGUGAAUUCCAAUGAACUGCUGAACAUGGUGUGGAACAGCGAGGAAAUCCAACAGCAGAUCUGGAUCCCAUCUGUAUUUAUUGGAGAGAGAAGCGCAGAGUACCUACGAGCCCUUUUUGUCUACGAGAAGGGGGCUCGGGUGCUUCUGGUUCCAGACAACAGCUUCCCCUUGGGCUAUUACCUCAUUCCUUUCACUGGGAUUGUAGGAUUACUGGUUUUGGCCAUGGGAACAGUAUUGAUAGUUCGUUGCAUCCAGCACCGGAAACGGCUUCAGCGGAACCGACUUACCAAAGAGCAACUGAAACAGAUUCCUACCCAUGACUAUCAGAAAGGAGAUGAAUAUGACGUCUGUGCCAUCUGUCUGGAUGAAUAUGAGGAUGGGGACAAGCUUCGAGUACUUCCCUGUGCUCAUGCUUAUCACAGUCGCUGUGUGGACCCCUGGCUCACUCAGACCCGCAAGACCUGCCCCAUCUGCAAACAGCCUGUACAUCGGGGUCCUGGCGAUGAGGAGCAGGAAGAAGAAACUCAAGAGCAAGAGGAAGGCGAUGAAGGGGAGCCAAGGGACCAACCUGCUUCAGAAUGGACCCCACUCCUGGGCUCUAGCCCUACUCUUCCCACCUCCUUUGGAUCCCUAGCCCCUGCUCCCCUGGUCUUCCCUGGGCCCUCCACAGAUCCCUCACCUCCUUCAUCUGCUGCCCUGGCCUGACACCCCCAUACUUGGUACCUCUGGUGACCGUCCUAUUUGCACAAACUCUUUUUCCAGUCUAAUAAGCUGAGGGUGAGGGAUAGGGGACAUUCUACCCCAGGUUCAUGAACCCAGCCUCAUCCUUUUGAGGGGGCUAGAAGCCAUAGGGACAUGGUUUUCAUUUCUUGGAUUAAUAAAAUUGGUUUUUUUUUGUGGAUGAAAAAAAAA